UGUCAAAGGACCAGAGAAGAAUGAUGAAGCGAAAGACAGUGAACAUUGAUUGGUCAGCUAUUUCAAACUUGUCUAAAUAUCCUAAAUGGAAAUAAGUUUAUAUAAGCAGACUUGAUACCAGACGUUUGAUAAUAAAAAUAAACCAAGCAUGGAGUUUGUUCUUAAUUAUUGAUAUUUUUCAUUUCCAAAGAAUGUGUAGAAAUAUCGUGCAGAAUCAAAAUUCACAGCUAUUCCAUCUGUCUAAGAUGAAGAAGCAAUGCAAAUAACAAUUUUUAUGAAGGGAAAGAAGAUGUUGAUCUGGUUAAUUUAUGACACACAUUUGGACUCUAUGCCAGAGAUUCUUACUUUCAAUUUGUGUCACACAAAAAGAAAUAAGUUCCAGAAUGAACUGAUAGAUAACGUCCUUAAGCAAGCACAGGCUAUUUUUAAAUUCUUGAAUAGAGCUCAUAUUGAGCGUAUUUCUAGCAUGAUCUCAAUUUAUGGAAACGAAAAUUUGAAGCAGCAGACACAAACUGUUUUAAAACCACCUCAAAAGAUGAGGAGACCUAAUAAAAUGGGGUCAUUAAAACUCAUACAUACCUUCUCUCUUUCUGCGAAGAAGCUCAGAAAUGAACAGCAAUGACCCAAAAAUGUGGAUGCUCUUGGGAAAAUAAGUGAAGAGCCAAAAGAUAUGUCAAUAUGUAGAAAUUCACCAGAACCUCUUCCUUUGAUAAAGUCACAAACAUUACAUAUUCCAUUAGAGUUAAAUAAAGAAAGGAUAAUGAGAGCUCUUUUUAAAGAGUAUUAUAAAAGCAGCUCUACACUCGAGAGUCUCAUCUCAAUGAAUUUUGAUAGAUUUACAGAUCUUCUUUCAGAAAUUAUUAAUAACAAGAAGAUUGACAAGAUCGAGCCAGUAGUUGUAGAGCAGAAGAAGAAAAGACUUAACCUUGAUUUGCUUUCAGAAGAGGUAGAGAUAUCCCAAGAAAUCAAAUCUAUCAGCCAAGAUAGUGAUAGAGAACCUCCUAGUCCUGAUAAAGUAUUAUCAUCUGCAAGUAAUCAAGACAGUUCUGAUUCCAAAAAUGGCAGUUUAAAUAUGUCCUCUACGAACAAAAUUAUAAACUUUUAUCCUCGAGAAGCGAACAAAGAGAAUCAGACAGAAGAAUCUCUUGAAUGGCAAGAUGCUGAUUAGACAUUUGUACUGAUUUAAUCUUUAUUUUUCAAUA